AUGUAUUUCCCGCCCAUAUUGACACCCCAUUCCCCGGGUGGUGUGUGCGGCAGGAGCGGACCAGAGCGUUGGGUGGCAGCUGAUAACGCGCUGCGUGACCCGGGAUAUGCUGGUGUUCGCGGGCGUGCAAGACACGGAAUCGCCACAGGCCGACUGGAUCCGCCGCCACCUGCACCGCGACGUGGUGCCGAACUAGUAGGAAUUGUUUAUGCUGGAUACGCAGCUCCCAAACUAGCAGAAACAUUGGACUUGGAAGAGGUUCGCAGAGGUAUUGAAAUGAGUGCCCUGGGGGCUGUGAGAACUGCUGAAGCUUUCACUCCAUUACUCAAGAAAUACAAAGGGAGAUUCAUCAUGGUAGCAGACAUGGCUGGUCAAAUAGUAAUACCAUCCCUGCAAUCCUAUUGCAUGUCUCAAGCUGUUACACUACAGUUUGUUAAAAUAAUACGCAACAAUCUAAAAAAACAUGGUGUGUCGACCCAUAUUAUUCAACCAUUCCUAUACUACUACCAGAAAACGCAAGAAGACUACUAUUAUCCAUAUACUACAGAGGAUGGAAAGGUUGUUGUGGAAAGUAAUGUAGAUGGAACAGACUUCACGGCCUUUCGCAUAAUGAUGAGCAUUUUCGAUGCACUGAUGUCAAAAAAUCCAAAGGAAUAUUUCACACCAACUUACCCAGAGCUUUUGCUACAUACACUCAUCAAUUUUUUUCCGCCGUGUUUGUACAAUCGUUUGGCGGAUCACCUUUUCAUGAAUCUAACGAAGCAAAAAGAAAUGCAUGAUAAUCGUAAGGACAAGUCAGCCCUUCUCAGCGCUUCAACUGUUAAGUGACUGCAUUUCAUAAUAAGCAUUUAAUGAGAAUUUCAAGUCAAGAGGACAAUUAUGCGAUUGACAUUGGGCAACGACUAGUCCACUCGUAAACGCUACAUAAGCAUUUCACGAAGUUCACACUUCCCGGCGUACCGUGGAAAUUUCUAUGAAUGCAGAACAAAUACAGAACACUUAACCUAAAAAAGUUACUUACGAAAAGCAUCUUCAACAGCUGGAUAGUGCCACGUAACGUCUGCACAAUAUAUACAACAGGCUUAUAUAUGAAAACCAAAAUUUCACAAAUAUUAAUCCCCUCUCAACAAAACCCCACUGGUCGUUGUUACAAGUUACGAACUUGAACUAUGGACAAAUGUUAAGUUGGCAGUGACGACUCUUAAGAUAGUUUACCAACAUUCACUUUUAGUUUUAAAUAAUAGCGGGAGUUAAAAACGUUUUAUUCUGUGAAUUGCAAAACCAGCAACGGGUCUACAAAGUCUUGU